GCCUGCAAUUGAUUUCCAUAUUCGACCUCAAAUCCUUCUUCAAGUCUUCAUCAACUUGCUGUCGCCUCAUUAGUCUACUGUCCACCAGAACCGCAACAAUGGCCAAUUUUCUUGCCUCAAUCUUCGGUACAGAGCUUGACAAGGUCAACUGCUCUUUCUACUUCAAAAUCGGUGCUUGUCGUCAUGGCGAUCGCUGCUCGCGAAAACACGUCAAGCCUUCCUACAGUCAGACGAUCCUGAUGCCCAACCUCUACCAGAAUCCGGCGUACGAUCCCAAAAACCGAAUGAAUCCUUCUCAACUACAGAACCACUUCGACGCCUUCUAUGAGGAUAUCUGGUGUGAGCUUUGCAAAUACGGCGAACUGGAGGAGCUUGUUGUUUGUGACAACAACAAUGAUCACUUGAUCGGCAACGUCUACGCCCGCUUCAAGUACGAAGAGUCAGCCCAGAAGGCUUGCGAUGAGCUUAACAGUCGAUGGUAUGCUGCGCGCCCGAUAUACUGCGAAUUAAGUCCUGUUACCGACUUCCGCGAGGCUUGUUGCCGACUUAACUCUGGAGAAGGUUGUGUUCGAGGAGGCUUCUGCAACUUCAUCCACCGAAAGAACCCUAGCGAAGAACUCGAUCGCGAUCUGACUCUAAGCACAAAGAAGUGGCUAAAGGAGCGCGGUCGCGAUGAGAAGAGCGCGUCUCGCUCACCUACACCUGAACCCACAAGACGUCGCUACUAGCGGCUUGUAUACUGGUACUGAGUGGUGAAGGGCCUUCGAUAGGAAGAAAUGCAAUACGGAUGGCACGGUCACGGCGUUAUAGGGGCUGGGGUUUUGUUCUAAUAGUUUUUAUGUAAGGAUUCUUGGGCGAUUCAACCAUUAUGGAUACCCUUCCCUUCAUCAAAUAUAUCUCAAAAAGAAUAUUGCAGUAGUCACCUGGCGGAGGCCGGUGUUGAAACCCUUCUGACUCAUUGUAAACCCACGGAGAAUGCAAAUACCCGUGUAUAACUAAUCCCGAUGCGCGCCGAUGUUGAUGUAGCCUGCCUGUCCCCUGCUUCCGUCUUAGUCCAACUGUUCUAAGGCAAAGUCAGUCCUCACUGCCCGCUUCCCAUAUCUAAGAGAUAAUUGAUAUUCAUUUCUUCAUUGCGUUUUAUUGUUGUGUGGCAGACGGUAAGUCCUUUUUCAGAUCGUUUGUGAAAUCAAUCAGCGGUCCGUCGGCUUUCUUUCCUGUGGAGCUGAGCAAGCCUUGGAUCUCAGAUUGCUUUGUUGCUUGUUCAGCAGCGGGUGUCUGAUCCGGCUUAGCAGGCGGAGGCAUCUCGUCAAAGUUGAUGAGGUUAUCAUCGAUGUGGUUCUCUACCGGUUGAGCUGAUGCUGUUUGAGCAGGCUUAGCAGAAGGGCUGUGUGGGGGGAUGACGUUUCGUUGGUUCGACUUUUGUCCUUUGACGAUGGGAUAGAUUGCCAUAAUUUGCUCAGCUUGCUUCUCGGGCGUCGCAGCAUGAUCACUUGAUACAAGUUAGUGAAAUGCCAACUACGUAAGUUUGCCAGCACUUACAUAUUGGCGUUAAUGACCCAUUC